CUCUCUCUCUCCCUCUCUCUCUCAAAUACCAAACAAAUUCCAUUCCCUUGCCUCACGCUUUGCCUGCUCAUUUUCCAAUACUAUCAAACGUCGGAGGGCAAGAAGUGCAUGACUGCACGCAUGAGAGCUCCCUUUCCAACCAACCACUUCAUUUUAGCUUUCAAUCCGUCCAAUACCACACAAAGAAAAAGAGAGAUGAGUUUCCACGGAUCCCACUCUUUAGGGAACGUACCCUUCUCAUGGGAGAACAAGCCAGGGGUGUCCAAGGUCACACCAAGCUUUGAGGAGCCACUCAAGCUGCCACCACCACCGUGCUCGACCGAUAGCCCGAAGCUCGCAGUGCAUGGGCUGUAUGUCCCUCUCCCUCCAUGCCCCUUCCAGCCUCCUCGAAGGAUCUCGCCGAAGAAGGGGAUGUCACGAAGGGAGGACGACCCCUUCCUCGCCGCCUACAUGGAGUGCACCAAGAGUGUUAAUAAGCAAAAGAAGGCGUCUAAAGGUAAGGCUGGCUUAGAGAAGGUUGGGCUUGGGUUUUCUUGCAAGCAUGCAUGUGGCGUUAGAGAGGAUGGCAUGGUGAGGCUGUCACAACUUCGUCUAAUCCACCUUAAAGGGGAGAGAAUGAGAAGAGGAGAUGGAAGGUUGGGGAUCAAGAGUCCCAAGGGCAGAGGUUAUUAAUUCUUUAGGCUUUUGGUUUGUUAGUUUGGUUCGAGUUCUGAAGAGUUUUUGAUAAAUAAAAACACCUUUUUAAUUUCAAGU